AUGAAAAACCGGACCAAAUUUACUGAGUUUAUCCUGCUGGGUCUCACAAAUCAACCUGAACUCCGGGUGGUGAUAUUCAUCUUUCUGUUACUUGCCUACAUGCUGAGCAUCCUAGGAAAUCUGACCAUCAUCAUACUUACUCUGGUAGAUCCCCACCUCAAGACCCCAAUGUAUUUCUUUCUCCGGAAUUUCUCCUUCUUAGAAAUUUCCUUCACAUCUACUGUCAUUCCCAGAUUGUUGACCAGCUUGACAACAGGAAAUAAGGUCAUCAGCUUUGCUGGCUGCUUGACUCAGUACUUUUUUGCUAUACUCCUCGGGGCAACAGAGUUUUACCUCCUGGCCUCUAUGUCGUAUGACCGCUAUGUGGCCAUCUGUAAGCCCCUGCAUUACCUGACCAUCAUGAACAGCCAGGUCUGCAUACAGCUGGUGUUCUGCUCCUGGAUGGGAGGAGUCCUGGCUGUCUUACCCCCAGCUAUCCUGAUAAGCCAGAUGGAUUUCUGUGCCUCCAAUGUGCUGAAUCAUUAUUACUGUGACUAUAGACCCCUUGUGGAGAUCGCCUGCUCAGACACAAGCCUCUUACAACUGAUAGUCAUCCUCUUAGCUGUUUUGACUCUGGUGGUGACUCUGGUGCUGGUGAUACUUUCUUAUACACACAUUAUCAGGACCAUUCUGAGGAUCCCUUCUGCCCAGCAAAGGACAAAGGCCUUCUCCACUUGCUCCUCCCACAUGAUUGUCAUCUCCCUUUCUUAUGGCAGCUGCAUCUUUUUGUACAUUGACCCAUCACCAAAGAAAGGAGGUAACUUUGGCAAGGAAGUGUCUCUACUCAUGACCUCAGUUAGUCCCUUGUUGAACCCCUUUAUUUACACCUUAAGGAAUCAGCAGGUAAAGCAAGCUUUCAAGAACACAGUAAAAAAGAUUGUGAAGUUCUAAUAAUUGAAACUCACCAUUUUUAACUAACAAGUAUUCUAAUAAA